UUCUGUGUUCUCGUCCCCGUAAUGGCGGAAGGAGAUCAAGAGGGAAUGUCGGACAGAGUGACAGAUACUAAAUUAUCUGUGAAUGAAGUGGAGAAUGUGUCCGCGUUGAGCGAGGCUUCAGAAGGGCCCGGGGACCGAGCAGAGCCUGCCGAGUCUCCAGCAUCACGGACUGCAGGAGAGACAGAGACACCAGCCGAGCCUGAGGCUGCAGCUGCCCGCGUCCUCGCACCCUCACUCACUCAGAGAUAUGAAGGUGCCAGAUCUGGAGAGUUGUUCCACGGGGAAGGAAUUGCCUACUUUAGGGGUGGACAUGUAUACAAGGGAAACUUUGUAGAUGGCUUGAUGCAUGGUCAUGGAGAAUACACAUGGGCAGACGGUUUAAAGUAUGAGGGGGACUUUAAAUCCAAUGCUCCUAUGGGACAUGGGACAUACACAUGGUUAGAUUGUAGCACCUAUGAAGGAGACAUAUGCAAUGGUAUCCGCCAUGGCACUGGAACUUACAAAUCUCCCAAAACCUGCACUGUAUACAGAGGGCAAUGGAACAAAGGCCAAAGAUAUGGCAAGGGAACAAUGUAUUACAAUCAAGAGGCAACAUCAUGGUACGAAGGUGAUUGGGAAAACAACCGAAGAGAAGGUUGGGGUAUUCGCUGCUAUCCAUCAGGAGAUACUUAUGAAGGCCAGUGGAAGAACAGUGUCAGACAUGGAGAAGGAACAAUGAAAUGGAUUCACCUGGGUCAGCAAUACAGUGGGCAAUGGCUAAAUGGUGUUCAGCAUGGACACGGGACACACACAUGGUUUCUGCGGCGAGUUUCUGGCUCUCAGUACCCCCUCAGGAAUGAGUAUAAAGGGGAAUUUGUUCAAGGCCUGCGUCAUGGUCAAGGAACAUUCGUCUAUGCAAGUGGAGCAGUUUACUCUGGAUGUUGGAAGGAUAACAAAAAACACGGACAGGGAAAGUUUGUUUUCAAAAAUGGCUGUAUAUAUGAAGGGGAGUUUAUCAAUGACCAUAUGGCGAAAUUCCCAGGAUCCUCCACGAUUUCAUUAUGUGCACUAGGUGGAAUGCCUGGUAAACCUGAAGGUGAUAGUGCUUCACUACUUGGACCUGACAUGGCUUUGAAUAUCGAGACUCUAUUAAAUCAAAUUCCUGAAGCGCAAAGAAAGCAGGAGCUCAGCCAGGUGGAAUCUGCCAUUAUGAGACAUAUUGCAUUGCUGAGACCAAUAUACAGUCUGUACAGCAGUCUUGGACACGAGAACUCUCCAGACAACACUUUCCUGCUCAAUUACCUACAGUUCUGCCGCUUUCUUAAGGACAGCAGUGUCCACCAGCAUGGAUUAACACUGGCGCAGUUGGAUCACAUUUUUAACAAGGAUGCGUCUGUAGGGGAGGUUUAUUCACCUUUUAGUACGAUGUUCCUGAGAAAGUGGAUUAGUUGUCUUGUCAUUGCAGCAUACCAUCUUUACCACAGAGACUUUGAGUUCUCCUCUAGCUGUGUACUUGCAGAGUGUUUUUCUAAGCUCAUGAAGCAGAACAUCAUUCCCAAUGCCAAGAAUGUAAAAGGGAAUCUUUACUGCCACCCUCUUCGUGCUGUGACUGGCAAGAAGUAUAUUGACAGAUGCUGGGAGAUAUAUCAGACUGUCCCUAAAGUCAAGGCAGCUGCCAUCGCUGCCAUCAUGACUGCCAGGCACUUCAUUUGGAUGUUUCAGGUUCUUGGUCUCUUUGAUUGUACACUAACCACAAGAAGAUUACUGGAGAUCAUUUCACUAGAAAAUCCUGCAAUCUACAGUUCUGCUCACAGUAACCUGGAUUUGGAGAUCAGUUUUCUUGAGUUCUUUGAGGUACUGCUGGGUUGUGCUGAAGUGAAGAACGCAAACGGAGUCAGAACUGCACAACACAGUCAGUGUGAGUUGGGUGAUCCUGAUGGGAAUUCCUCAGGAGCUCAGGGGAGCAGCCCUAUUCUGAGCCAGUUGGCUUCUCUUCAGAAAUAUGAGUCAACAGUGCUGUUCCCAAGCACCAUCAUUCCGUCUGCUGCCAACAGCACAAAAUCCCUUGAGGAAUUUAAAUCCAAGGCAACAACACAGUCAUCCCUAACUGAAGAAACCCAAUGUAAAGAUCAGGGAAUUGACCCAUCUAAGCCGACCGACACAGAUGCAUCAGGGAUGGAAUUGAACAAACAAACUACAAGCAGUGUUUUCAUCAAAGACACAGAAGUGACCGAGCCACCAUGCAUAAACAUGGUUGCUGAAGAGGGACGACCUGAAGAACAGCUGGAGAACUGGAUCAAAUGUGUUCACCAGUUCUUUACACACACCUUCUUCCCAGCAUAUGAAGAGAACUUGGUAUGGAAAAAGCAGAUGCAAGAAGAACGCCAAAGACAAGCCACAGACAAAAGAAUCACUCUAGAAAAGGCCAAGGCAAACACCAAACUAAGAGAGCAGCAAAGGGCAGAAGAGGAGAAGAGAGCCAGAGAAGAAGAGGAGGAGGGAUCCAGAGAAGAGGAGGAAGAAGAGAAAAGCCAAGUCUUCAGUGACCUGACCAAUUCAUCUGCAGCUCUCCCAUCCCCAGCGACCUCCAGCUCUGUGGAUUUAAAGCAAUCGCCGACCAAGAAGAAAAAGAAGAAAUGACACCACAGUCUUCCAAAAAAGACAGCUUGCUUUAAUUGAUCAAAAUUUUAUAAAUGCAGAAAGGUAUAUUAUAAAUCUGGUAAUCCAAGUAUAUUUAAUCAAUUUUACUGUUAAAAAGUAAAUAAACUCCAUUACAAUGCUUGCCCACAUCUCUGCUCAAAUUAAGUAUCGGCAGGUGGCGUAAACAUCAUGAGGUCACGCUCGCACACUGACUCUCUCACACUCUCCCUCUGCUCAGGGGUGAACAGCAGCUGAUCGGCAAUCAUCUGAAACGCAACAGAAGGUCUGUGAGAUGUGUGACCUCAUACCACUGC